AUGAGCGACUCGGAAAUUCCUGUCAUCUCGCUGGAUGAUCCACAGCAGGGUGACAAGCUCGCCAAUGCCUUUGCCCGUUUUGGAUGUUGUUAUCUUACAGAUCAUGGUAUCUCCGAUAUGCUGGCAAGUCAGAUAAUGCACAGUGCUGCAUCAUUUUGCGCUCUGUCAGAUGAAAUUAAAGAUGCGAUUCCAGUUGUGCAUAACAACAAGGGAUUCACACGUGGAUAUAUUGGCAUGGGCAAAGAAAGUGGCAGUGCUGAGCGUGUAGAAGUGAAAGAAGCGUUUUCCUAUGGCUAUAAAUGGCCUGAGGAGAAAAUACCACAAUUUGACAAUGGAUUACAAGGCCCAAACGUCUGGCCAAAACUUACGGACUGGCCUUGUAGCCAUCGUAAUGUACUGAAUGAGUUUUUUCGUAAAAUGACAGAUGCGUCACGUGUUAUAACUCGAAGUCUGUCGAAAAGUCUUUAUGAUAACGUAAGCUUCUUGGACAAGUACUGUCAGCAUGGCGAGACUAUCUCUCUCAUGCGUAUGUUCCAUUACUUUCCAUAUGAGCAUUACGCAAACUUUCAACAAGGCAUAGAGGGACAUUCUUCAUUCGAUAAUGAUCGAGAAUUUAUUGGUUCAAGUCCACACACGGAUUGGGGAUUCCUUACUCUCAUUUUACAAGACGCAGUGGGAGGUUUGCAGAUAUAUCAUGACGACAAAUGGGUGGAUGUGCCUUAUAUACCUGGAACACUCGUAGUCAAUGCUGGAGACUAUUUGUCGCUUAUUACAGAUGGCAAAUGUCUAUCGCCUGUCCAUCGUGUUGUGGCUGAUAAUCAAGAACGUUAUUCGCUUGUGUUUUUCUACUAUCCCGACUUUGAUGCAGUGAUACCGUCAAUUACUGAUGUAACAAAACUACGUAUUGGAGGCGAUGCAAGAAAUGCUAGUGAAGACAGCAAGUAUUUUAAUAAUUUGCUGGAUGGCACAGUACGUAAGCGUGACGGGUGCUUUGGUGAGUACAUUAUGGAUAAAUGGGCAGGAGUGCAGCGCUGA